AUGGAUGAACUAAAGCGCUAUAUUGUUCAUUUGCCGCAGUCGCUAGGCUUUCGCGAAGAACGUAAGGUCAAAGUCAACCUCUAUAAGGCAUUGUACUAUGCCAUAACCGGGGAGGGCAAGUACAUGGACUUGUUGUUUUCAGAUGUCCCAGAGGAUGAAUUGGUUGCAUUGAAAGAUUAUUCUUGGCCUCCUAAGCUCAACAGAACUAGGCCAUUCUAUAAGUAUGUGACUCCAUCAGGAUAUUCUCACCCCGAAGGUCUGACAUGUGGGCGUGUCUUGAAAGAGAACGAGUCGGUUUACCGGUGCAGUGACUGUGGAUACGAUGAUACGUGUGUGAUUUGUGUACACUGCUUCAACCGUGAAGACCAUGUGGGCCACAACGUGUCAGUUUAUCAGUCUAGGGGAGACUCUGGAGGCAUGUGCGAUUGUGGAGACGAAGCAGCCUUCCUCCAGAAGCUCAAUUGUGCAUGUCAGAAGACUGAUGAAGAAAUUCAAGAGUUGCCCGAAGAAUUCAAGCUUUUGAUGAGAGAAACAUUGACGGUGGUGUUGAACUAUAUAUUGGAUGUCGCCAACUUUUCCAUCAAUACCUUGCCCCUUAUCCACGAGAACAUCAACCGUCGUGGGAAUUUACGAGUAACAUCACAAACCAUCUCAGACUACUGCUCACUCCCGUUUGAAGUGUACGGUGCCGAUGAUGUUAAUUCCGAAGAAUGGUAUUUGGUGCUUUGGAACGAUGAAAAUCACGAUUACCUUGAGGCUGAGACGGGCAUUCGUGCAGCUACGGGCGUGCCUGAUGAUAAAGCAAAGGAGAUUGCCAGCGAAAUUAAUGCAAAUGGACGUGCAAUUUUAAAAGUCGCUAAAAAAUACACCGACCUAUUGAAGGGCCAGAAACUGGCGGAGGCCGACGGCUUGGUUGCAACGAUCAUGUCCGCCAGAGACUAUAUGAGAGAGGUCAUUGUGCUGAAUAUGUUCAGUUGGCUUAUUGAAGUCGCUAGUUUCAGUGGAAACGCCGCAUUCAGAGAAGCUUCUAGGGCCUUGUUGGCAGAGUUGUUCAUGGAGCCUGGGUUCGAGUUUUCUAAGGUGCUCCCUAAGUCGUUUUUCCAAGCAGAAAAUUUGGAUGUGCAAAGAGAGUUUUUUAAAAAUGGUUUACUUAUGGACGGGGAGCUAGUGAACUUGGCAUUGACAAGAUUAAAACCUGGUAUAACAGCUACAUCAUUGAUGAAGAAAUGUUCAGAUAUUUUUCGUCCCGCUUUAGAACAGAAAGUGGAGUAUUCCAGAAUCCAAUAUUUGUUUGCAUUUGAGAUCCGAUUUGUCUCGGCUGUACGAAAGAAGUUCACUCUGCUGAUCUUACCUCUUUUCUUCACUGAUCCAGCAACAAAAGCACAGUUUUGCGAGCAAUAUAUCGAUAUUUUCCCGAUUUCGAUUACUGUUUUGGCAGUCUCCGACAGAGAAGAUCAACUUGCCUCAAUCACUGCUGUUGCUAGUCAGCUUUUUACUUGCCCUCGCUCGAAUAAGUGGAUUGUCUCUUCCGGAAAGAUCGGCAACAUGAUCGGUCCAUUGUCUGCAUUGAUCGAGACUUAUGCAUCAAGAGUCAAUUCUAGUGGCUUGCCAAAUUUAAUUGAUAUCGUCGUGGAUGUUCGGAGUAAGCGUGAAAAGCUAUCAAUUCAGAAAACCAUAGACAAGGCCAUUGAAUGCAUCAAUCACAUCAUGCACAAGAAUGACGACUCCAACAUUCUCAAUGAAUUCCUUGUCCACGAUAAUUUAAUGAUGUUGAUCAAUCUUUUGAAGUAUUUCCAAGGUUCGUUGCCUAUUGAAAGAAAGUAUGGAGAUCAUGUGGAGCGGGAUAUGUUGGAAGAUUUCUAUACGUUUUUACAAAGAUCGUUGCCAGUUUUGAGCAUGGUUCAAAGUGUGUCCAAAGUUGAGGUUAUGAAUAAGACACUUGCCGUCAAGGCUGUCGUUUCAAUUGUGGAAUUUUUAUCUAUGCGGAAGUUGAAUUCCAGCGCCCACGGAAUCGCUGAAUUUCGGGUGAGUAAGGAACCUGUAUCGUUUGUCAAUCCAAUCAACUCUUUUCUUUCAUACAUUUUGCAAGAUUGCGGAGUUGAGAACGUGAGUGAUGAUCUUAAGGCGUUAGUUCAUCCUUUCAUGUUUGUCUCGGAUUUUUCGUUGAGAAGUUUAGUGUUGGCUGCCCAAGUGAAAAUUGGAUUUUGGAUUCGAAACGGUGUCACCGUCUCCAGACAAGCUUCGUAUUAUUCUGAUACCAUCGCCGAGGUUUCUUUCUUCCGUGACUUUUUCUUGAAUCAAGUUGCAUGUGUCAUUGAUGAUCCAAGAGAAACAUUGCUAAACUUUCUUGAUAGAUGGGAGUUGCUUCAAUGGUACACUGGAGAGAUCAAGGAAGAUAAAACAAUUUAUGAGGAAAGGUUUGGUUUCAUUUGUGAACAAUUCAUACUCUUUUUGUACAAUACCUUAACAGACAGGUUCUAUUUUGAUGAAUUCGAGUGCGAAGAAGCUAGAGUUCACAGAGUCAAAAAGGCAAUUUCUUAUGCCUUGUGUGGAGAACCUAAAUCUUACACUGCAUUGAAAUCAACUUUAGGAUCGAUGGCUGCAACAAGAAACUUUGAUGACAUAUUAUACGAAUGCGCGGAUUACAGCCCUCCUACAGGCUUGUAUGAUAGUGGAAUUUACAGGUUGAAACCUUCUCUCUGUGAAUCGUUGGACCCUAUGAGUUUUCUCGUAGAUUCCAGUAAUUACCUGUCUAUAUCAGCAUCCUUGAUAUCAAGCAUUGCGAAGAGCAAGAAUAUUAGGGAAGAGGAAGUUGUGUUGAAACCCGAGAUCUAUCGAUCUAGGAGUUCUUUUGUCAAUGAUAACAUUGGUGAAUUCACCAGAACUAAAGAGUUUGCAAAGUUGGUUUACAAAUUAUUGCAAGUGGCGCUCAAUUCUCUGGAUGAGCUUUUCUUGCCUCAUUUGCUACACUUGAUUCAUGCAGUUAUCUUGGACGACGAACAAGUUCACGGCAAGGGUCACUUGGUCGAUUUUUUUGUCUCAAUUCCUAUAAGCGACUUGCUACUCUCAAUUGCGGAAUCUUCCAUGUCGUCAGAGAUAGUUCUGAAGGCUGAUUUCUUACUCGAUGAAUUUGUAACUCGUGAUGAUCGUAUCAUGGAAUCUUUAGUGGAUUGUUUUGGAGAAGAUCAUGUACAGUUGUAUAAAAAGAGAAAAGUUGGCAUUUUUGAGUCGGAAUCAGAGAAGAGGAAACGUCUUGCUGAGGAAAGGAAGGCGGCAGUGAUGAGAAAAUUUGCUAAGCAAAGAGAAAAAUUCAUGAAACAGAAUGACCUCAAAGAAGAUAAACAAGAAGAGGAAGAAAGAAAAGAAGAAGAAAUUUCAAAUACAAGGAAAUGUGUUGCAUGUGGAGAAGAGGAAUCCUUAGAUCGAGUUUUCGGACUACUUUUGUGCCAUACUGAAAGUUCGAUCUUUUGGAAGGUACCGGAAUCUACUCAAUAUCGAGAUUUGGCUUUCGGAAAUUUGGAUGCAAGAGCCAAACCAGAAGAUGGAAAACUAUACGCCCCUGGAUAUCCUUAUCAAAUGAUGUCGAAGGAUAAUGGCAUCCUGCUUAGUGCGGUAGUGGGAUCGAGUUGUGCUCAUGGCAUGCAUUAUAAAUGCUAUGUUAGAGCUCGAACUCAACUCCAGACUUUUCCCUGUCCUUUAUGUCACAAUUUGCAUGACUCGUUUAUACCAAGCAUGCUUGUGACAAAUGGGACUAUUCCCAAGAAAAUUUUGGACGGUGAGCCGGAAAUUGCAAAGUACAAUCGCAUACUUGCAAGUUGUGGUGGUGAAAAGAUGAAUGAAAUCUCCAGGUCGAUUUUCAGCAAAGAGUAUUUUGAUGAUAAUUCCUUUAAGGAAGACUUUGUCAAGCUUGCUAUUAAUACGGAGAGAACUACUUUGACCGAAAAGAAAUUCCGCGAUCUUAGUGUUCUUAUCGCAGAUUCAAUUCGAGCAAAUGAAAUGACAACACGACUUGAUGGCAACAAGGGUCUUUCAAAUUUCAUGGAAGAAAUUCCGAUGAGUUCGAAAGCGAUGUUACGUUCGAUGAUUCAAACACGAAUUUUUCUUCAUUCUGCGUCCGAAACGAUGAUGGGAGAUUUGCAGUCCGUUAUAUCAAAGAUGGUCAAUAUCACUUGGGACCAGUCCUUCUACGUUGAUGGUCAGUUUAAUGAGGUGGUUUUAUUGUUUUUUCAAACAAGUGAAUCUUUAAGGACUUGCAUGAGAUUGGGCUAUGCAAAGUUGGUUGCUGUGGCAGCGUACGCCCUAUGCCGCAACUUUGGUUCGAUGUUAAACGGGCCACCAAUAAACCCUCGCUCAAUGGAUUCCUUGGAUGAUACGACCAUUGGAGCAAUGGUCGUAUUUCUUUCGUCUUUCGAGCCCAAUGACGAUGAAGACUCUGAAAGCAAUGAAUAUUCCAACCACUUUGCUUGCAACCUUUAUUUCGCGAUGGAAAGACUUCUUCUCCCAUUCUUGAGGCAAUGCGUCAUUUUCUACGAUCUUCUCACUUGUGAGGUACUGGGGGAGAACGAGUUUAAGUCUGUCGAAGGCAUCACGAAUCUCAAGUCAAGAAUCGAAUCACAGUCAAGUAAGGAUUCAUGUGACCUGUUGUGUGACAUGUUGAACCUUCCAACAUUAGCGGAUUUCCUCAAAGGUAUUGUUCUGGACGACCCAGCCUUUGAGUUUGAAGCUAGAAUUUUGGAUGUACAUUUCAACGCCAAAAUACCCAGUCGGUUGGAAAAUGGAAUAUUAAACUUGCAAUAUCCGGGAGUAGUCCGUUUGAUCGACCUCCCAGACGACUACAACGAUUGCAUCACUGACCCACAAUACAAGUCCGCCAGUGGUGUUGACUCCAUUUGCUUACAGUGUGGAACUUAUCUCAAUACAUUGAGUCAUGUGUCACAUAUGCAAUGGUGUUCAUUUAUGCCAAUCUACUUUUCGCCCUCAUCAAACAUGUUGAAUGUUGUCAUUCUCAUCCCCAACAAUCCGUUUGAGGUAAAGAUACCUGCUCCUUAUUUGACUGUUCAUGGUGAAGUCAAGAGAGAUCGUUUACCUGGGAAAGCCACAUUAAAUCACUUCAGAUACAAUUAUCUAAGCAAACUAUGGAUUUCUCAAGGAUUGUUCGGUUUUGUCACCAGAACAUUUUUUGGUUUAAGAGGUAAUGCUCCAAUGGUACCCAAUAUGGAUGAUAUUGGAGCAGAGCUUGAAUUCGAUGAGGAUUCUGAUGAUGAUUUUGGUUUCUGGGAAUAA